GCACUGCAGGGACUGGUCUGCUGCUGCUGCUGCCACACACACUCACUCACACUUGUUAUUCCCAUCAACUUUUCUCUGCUGCUUUUUCUUCCUUCUCUUAUCUGUGCUCCAGAGGAUUAUAUGAUUUUCCUAUUCAAAGAAGAAAAAAUAACAGCAUCCAAUAAUGCAGAGCAUGCACCUGAUUCGGUGGGAAAGGACAGAAAUCCAGCAGAAGAAAACCAGAUGUGAAUGGAAAUAUUAAAGGUCUCCCCCCUCCCUUUGCACAUACUGUAGGACACUACAAGAGACAGGAUACAGCAUUGCUUCAAGGAAGGAGGGAGUUAUUUUUCUGGAUCUCAGCUUUAAACUAACAGAGUCUGCCAGGUCAUCUGGACCUUAAAAAAAAAAAAAAAAGGACCAGACCAUGAAUUGAAAUAUGGACAGCAGACACAGGAGGACAUAGGCAGCGCCUGGUGAUGUGCGUGCCCUUCUUAUAAAGGAGAAAAGUCUUGUCCACACUGUCUGGCAAAGGAAGCACCUAUGCUUGGGCAUGGCAAGGGGAGACCACUGAUGUGCCAUAGCCUGCUGGAGUAAUUGGUGCAGCUGCAGUGAGUGAUGGCUGGAAUGGGUAGACGGGAGCUGGGGUGCAGAGGUAGACGUGCCAGAGUGAUGGGAUGCUGCUGCCAGCUAUUGCCUCCUCUGCACCCUGUACUACUGCUGAUGCUGCUCUGCCUGCGCUGCUGCAGAGCUCAGGUGUACAACCUCAGCCUAGCCGUGGACGAGGGGCUGCCAGCGGGCACCUUAGUGGGGGACAUCCGUGCGGGACUGCCAGAGGGGAGCCCAGGUGAAGGAUUCUUCUUGUCGGAGGAAGGAGGCGAGUCCCCGGUACUGCGGGACUUCCAGGUGGACACAGAGACCGGCAUCGUGCGGACACUGCGGCUGCUGGACAGGGAGAGGAGGGAGCGCUACAGCUUUGUGGCUGCCACCCUGCAGGGAGACGUGGUGCAGGUGGAAAUCCGGGUGCGGGAUGUUAAUGACCACUCGCCCACAUUCCCUGUGCCAGCGCUCCGGCUACAGGUGUCUGAGCUGACUCCCCCUGGCACCACCUUCAGGCUGCCUGCUGCCCGGGAUCCGGACACUGGCCACUAUGGGCUGAUGGGCUACACUCUGCUCCGGGGCAGCAGAGAGGCAGCCUUCAUCAUUAGGUAUGGAGAUGGCACAUUCAGCGUGGGCUCUGGGAAGGAUGGGCCAAUAAGCGAAGAGUCAGAAGAACAUGACCAUGGGCCUUGGGUAGCAGUGUCUUCUGGUGACUUGGCCACGUUCCCUAAAACUAAGGAACACGGUAAGGAGUCAGGUGCUGAGGGGCAGGGACUGAGGGAUUUGGAGUAUACAGAGGGUCAAUCCUAUGGGGGUGAAAAGCAGGAAUUUUCUGCAGAAGAGAAUUCUGAUACACAUUCUGAUGGCUAUCUCUAUGACUCAUAUACAGAGGGAAAUGGUGACAGAUCAGGCUCACAUGAAGAGUUACAGGUAGAAAGGCCAUAUUCAUCCCUGCACCCCUUAGAUCUUGUACUGGUACACUGGCUAGACAGGGAAGAGCAAGAUGGGUAUCAGCUAGAAGUGGAGGCUUUUGAUGGUGGCCACCCUCGUAGAACUGGGAGACUUUAUAUAGAUAUCACAGUUCUGGAUGCAAAUGACAACCCACCAAGCUUUGACCAGCCAAAAUAUAAUGGGUGGGUGUGGGAAAGUGCACCAGCAGGUACCCCAAUUUGCACUGUGCAUGCAACUGACCCCGAUUUAGGUAGCAACGGUGAAGUCAGCUACAGUCUAUGGUCUGAUGAGGGUUAUUUCAGUGUUGAAGAAACUAGCGGGGUAGUAAGGGUCAGUCGUCCCUUGGAUAGAGAACAAAAGGCCCUGCACCAGCUAGUGGUCCAAGCUAAGGAUGGAGGAAUGCAGCCUGAGGUAUCUAGUGUCCUUGUUAUGAUAAAAGUCCUUGAUGUUAAUGAUAACAAACCCAAAAUUGAAGUCACAUUACUCACUGACAGUGGACGGCCAGAAAUCUCAGAGGGAGCAGAAGUUGGAGAGUAUGUAGCACGUAUUUCUGUCUCUGACCCUGACUUAGAGCUGGAGGAGCUACCUUCAGAGGCUACCGAAGGUAAGGACAUAGUAGAACAUGCAGGAAAAGGUCAAUAUAGAGGACACUUGAGAGAAAGUGAUGGCAUAACAGGAUAUUCCCUGUUAAACGUAACACCCAACUAUAAUGAGGGACACAGCAAAACAUCUGAGAACAUAAGAAAAAUGGUGGAACCUGGACACUUUGGGACAAUUCAACGUGUUUCUGUGUCUUUGGAAGGUGCUGAUGGAUUCUUUUCUCUUCGUCCUGCUGGAUCUCAGAUAUAUUUUCUAUGUGUUGUCGCUUCUCUUGACCGAGAACUAAAAGAUUUAUAUGAGCUGCGGGUGUUUGCUACAGAUUCUGGCUCUCCUCCUUUACAGACUGUUAAAACACUACUUUUGAAAAUCACUGAUUUAAAUGAUCAGCCCCCUAUUUUUAAUGACCCUGAUGGCUACCAAGCCACAGUAUCAGAAGCGGCAUCUCUUGGCAUUGCUGUGCUUACUGUUAAUGCACAGGACUUAGACGAAGAUGGCCCAAACUCAAGAAUAACCUACACUCUCCAGAAGAGCACUGCUUCGUCAGCUUUUGUGUUAGAUCCACAUACAGGGAUCCUAAGCAUUUUUAAACCACUUGAUCAUGAGUCAGAAACUGUAAUGAACUUGGUUGUUAUAGCUACUGACCAUGGAAACCCUCAACUGUCCACCAGUUGCCAAGUGACCAUAAUGGUUGAGGAUGUCAAUGACAAUGAACCGGUCUUCUUGCAGCAGUUCUACAAUGUAACGUUGCAUGAGCAUUCUACAAUCGGGCACUGCUUCCUUCAGGUGAAAGCAACAGAUGCAGACUCUGGUUCUUUUGGACAAGUUCACUACUCCCUAUAUAAUAGAAUUCACUACUCCAAAGAGUCUCAGAAGUUCUGGAUUGAACAUGAUUCUGGACGUAUUUGUGUAUCACAAGAUAUUGACAGGGAGGGAGAGCCUGGGAGCUAUGAUCUUCUUGUAAAAGCACAGGAUGAGGGUGGCCUAAGCGCUCAGGCUUUUGUUCGAGUCGAUAUAGAAGACAUAAAUGACAAUGCACCAGUUUUUGAAACUACAACUUAUGUGGCAAGCAUCAGCAGUCACACACAGCCAGGCACGGAGAUUGCUAAUGUCAUAGCCACUGACAGAGAUGGAGGGAUAUUUGGAGAAGUGUUGUAUGAACUUAUACCUGGAGAUAAAACAUCAAUGUUUACUAUUGACUCAUCUGCAGGAAUCAUCUAUUUGAUCUCCGCUCUGAAUCAUUUGGAAGAUUCGCAAGUGAUCAUCUUUGUAUGUGCUCGGGAUAAAGGUGGUCUUACAUCUGCUGUGAAUGCAUCUGUCACUGUAAACAUUUUAAAGACCGCUGUGGCACCGGCAAUUUUUGAGAAAUCACGCUACACGUUUGUUAUUGCUGAGGAUGCUCCGCAGGGAAGUACCGUUGGUACAGUGAAGGCCAGGGAACCUUUAAAUUCGGUGGAGCCCAUUUCAUACAGGAUAUUAUCUGGUGAUCUGCAUGAGAUGUUCUCCAUAAACUCCCAGUUCGGGAUCCUUACAACAAAAAAACAGCUGGAUCAUGAGUCUCAACCCGUUUUUAUCCUCACUGUUCAAUCGCAGCUAGGUAGCUUUCCAGUCUUCAGCAGCACUCAGGUCACCAUUACCGUAACUGAUGUUAAUGACAAUCCGCCUGUUUUUACAAGGGAAGAUGAAAGAAUAAGCAUAUAUCAGACCACCCGCCCUGACAGUGCUUUAUAUAUUGCUAAAGCAGAAGACAUUGACAACGGAUACAAUGGACUCAUCUCCUAUAGCAUUGCAAGUGAAAAGCAAGACAUGUUUCUCAUUGACCCUAACCUUGGCAUUUUGUAUCUCAAUAAGACUUUAACAAUGGUUUGUGAACAUAUUCUUCUUAUAAUGGCUGAGGAUAAUGGACAUCCUAUCUUAAGUUCCCUUCUUACAUUAACUAUUAGUGUCACCAAGCAAGAAAUGGGUAAUAAUUUGACUUUUGGAAAUUUGGUGCAUCAAGUUGAAGUCAGUGAAGAUUUAUCUAUAAAUUCGGAAAUCCUUCAGGUGAAAGCAUAUAAUGAGGGCUCACAUCAGCAGUCUAGAAUAUAUUAUUCUUUGCUGUCUGUUGAGUCUCUCACAUUUGGAAUCCACCCUAAUACCGGGUGGAUUUUCUUGCGUCGUUCUUUGGAUUAUGAAAAAACGAAUAUAUACAAUCUGGUUGUGGUGGCAAUUAGCAGUGAUCAUGGAGAGGAACAAACUGCCACCACUUCAGUAUUUGUGAACAUUGUGGACAUAAAUGACAAUUACCCGACUUUCAAUCAGCACGCCCAUUUCUUCACUGUUGUAGAAAGUCCUACUCCUCAUGGUGUGAUUGGCAUAAUUACAGCAUUGGACAGGGACUCUGGGAUAAAUGGACAGCUGUCAUUCUUUCUCCUGUCUGAAGAAAAUUAUUUCCAAAUAAACGCCGGGACAGGAGAACUGAUAAAUGCUGCAGCUUUAGAUCGUGAACAGAAAACACACCACCAGCUUACUGUGCAAGUGACAGACCAUGGUACGCCUCGUCGUAAUGCUACAACCGCAAUUUACAUCACAGUCGCUGACCUUAAUGACAACAAGCCAUACUUCCCACAGCUGCCACCAGGAAAGCAGCUACAUGUCAAGGUUCCGGAUGGCCAGCCAGGACAUAUGUUGGUGACUACGGUGUAUGCAAAGGAUCCUGAUGCUGCCAAUAAUGGCUCAGUUUUGUAUUCAUUGACCUCCGAUGAUAAUCUGGAUCAUUUCUUUAUUGACAUUAGUAGUGGGGAAAUAUGGACAACUAAGACUCUGUCAGCAACCCAAAGAUCACAGUACCGUUUAUCUGUCACAGCAACUGACCAAGGAGUCCCUCCUCUGCAGGAAUAUGUCAUUGUUAAUGUUCAGGUCAUUUCAACUUUUAAAGAGAAACUUAAAGACAAUAUAGAAGUAAAGACCUUGAAGGUUCCAGAGGAAGUGAAACCUGCACAAGUGAUUGGCUCAGUGAAGUCACAUGGAGAUAGGUUGUUGUCCAGUACGAAUCUCCAUUACCGCAUAUCUGAAGAAGAGCACAGCAGCCAUUUUGCCAUUGACAGUUCUACUGGAGAUAUAUACCUAUCCAGGCCACUAGAUUAUGAAACAAACACCCAAUACAUGUUACACCUCAGUAUACAAGACUAUAAUGAGCGACGUCCUCAAAACCACUCUAUCAUCCUAAAGAUUGAGGUAGAAGAUGGAAAUGAUCACUAUCCUGUUUUUCUUGACCACAUUGUUGUCAUAGGCAUUGAAGAAAAUGUACCUAUUGGGACUGUCUUGUAUACAUUUAAGGCCAAAGAUGGAGAUGGGAAUAUAGCAAACAGCAAGAUUAAAUAUUCAUUAAAUACAGAUGGUACAAAUGAAAAUACUUUUUUAAUUCAUGAAUGGGAUGGAUUCUUGACUACAGACAAAGAGCUGGACAGAGAAACAGUAGAAUCAUUUACUCUGACAGUGAUUGCAACUGACCAGGCAGCUAACAUAACACAUCGCCGACACUGUUCACUGACUGCUCGGAUUAUCCUUCAAGACGUCAACGACAACAGUCCAAGUUUUCUAUCACUGCCUGAUGCUUCGGUAAUGGAGGAUGCAGAAAUUGGCUCACCCGUCCAUCGUGUAGUGGCUAAGGAUCCGGAUGAGGGAAGGAAUGGAAAAAUAACAUUUCAAAUCAUGGAUGGGAAUACAAAGGAAGUUUUUUUGCUGGACGAAGCAACAGGAUGGAUAACCUUAUCGUCUAUAGUAGACCGGGAGAUUCAGGAAAUUUAUAUUUUGACCAUAUUGGCCACAGACAACGGGACUCCAGUUCUCUCAGCAACGCAGACCUUGACAGUCAGAGUCAUCGAUGUAAAUGAUGCUACACCAAUAUUUAAGCAAAUGUUGUAUGAAACUGCAGUUCCUGAGAACCAAGAGCCUGGGCAACAUAUCAUGACAUUGGAAGCAGAGGACAGUGAUUCAGGAAUCAACUCUAUGCUUACUUAUCACAUCAUGCCAGGCCCAGCACAGGAGCUUUUCAGGAUUAACCCUGAGACUGGAGAGUUAAUUUCAGCAGCUACAUUUGACAGAGAGAAACAGGAUCAUUUUACCAUUAAAGUACUAGUGACAGAUGGUGGAUCCCCCUCAUUCUCCAGUUCAACAACCAUUGUCUGCAAAGUCCUGGAUGAGAAUGAUAAUGCUCCUGAGCUUUUACUUCCUGUGGCUGAGAUUCAUGUCCCAGAAAACCAGGAUCUGGGAAUAAUUCACAAAGUAUUGGCUGUAGACAAGGAUGCUAGCAACAAUGGCAGAGUACAUUUCCAAAUAAUUGGUGGAAACACGGGCGGAUACUUUGCCAUCAAUAACACGUCAGGGGAGCUCUGGACCACCCGCACCUUAGAUAGAGAGGAUGUCAGCAGCUUUACCAUUAUCGUUGAAUGCCAUGACUUGGGCAGUCCCCGCAAAAGAACCUCAGCCAAACUGCACAUUAAGGUUUUAGAUGUAAAUGACAAUCCACCUACAUUCCCCAAGAGCCAGUACCGCACAUCUAUGAGAGAAGACUUACACGUUGGAUCAACAGUUUUGAGCCUUCAGGCUUUUGAUAUAGAUGAAGGCCUAAAUGGUGAAGUGAAGUACUCAUUGAUCGAUGACAUGCAAGGCGUUUUCACUAUAGACAAAACAAAUGGAAGCAUUGUGACUGCAAAAGCUUUAGACAGAGAAAGCAAAUACCAAUAUGUGUUCAGAGCAAUGGCUACUGACUGUAGCAUUUAUGGCCCAAAAAGUUCCACCGCCAAAGUUGUGGUGCAUAUUGAAGACAUCAAUGAUAAUGUGCCAUCUUUUUUAGAGGAUCCUGUUCAAGUCCUCAUUUCUCCUCAAACCUUGGUUAAUACCUCUAUUACUACUGUACAUGCAAAUGAUUUGGAUCUAGGCUUGAACGGAACAGUGGUGUAUAGUCUGGUUACACCUGACCCACUCUUCCAUAUUAAUCGGGAAACAGGAGAGAUCCAACUUCAGAUGCCGUUGUCGUCUGAUUACUUCAGGGGUGGAGUUCUCAGAGUGGAGGCUUCAGAUCUCGGAGACCCAGUCAGGACAUCAACAGGUCUUGUGACAGUUGACCUAGAAGGCCUGGAAAAAGACAUUUCCUUUGUGCAAGCUGUCUAUGAAGUUAUCAUUUUGGAAAACAGUGAAACAGGAACGGCAGUGGUAACUGUAAAAGCCGAACAGCGGAAGCCAAACAAAGGAACCGUAGUCUACAGGUUAAUCAGUGGAGAUACAGAGGCCUUUAUAUUAAAUUCUGAAACAGGAGAACUCACAGUACAAGAGCCAUCACUGCUUGACUUUGAAUUCACAAAUAAAAUGAAUCUCAUAAUUUCUGCUGAAAUCAGCGUUUCUGUGGCAUACUGCAGAGUGUCCAUGAUAAUCCAAGAUGAGAAUGAUAACUCCCCAGUAUUUGACCAAGACAAUCACAUGACUUCGGUUCUGGAAGGUCAGGGCUACAAUCUGUUUGUUAUCCAGGUUUUUGCCACAGACGCAGACAGUGGGCUAAAUGGUCAGGUAGAUUACACUAUUGUGGAUGGCAAUGAAAAUAAAGCGUUUUCAAUUGAUUCCAGAUGGGGCAUUAUUUCCACAAAUGCUAUCCUGGAUCGGGAAAUAAAAGCCUCCUACAGACUGGUCCUUCAGGCCACUGACAGGGGAUCUCCUAGUCUUUCUGCAACAACUUUAGUCACAGUAUCAGUUGUGGAUAUCAAUGACAAUGCACCUACUAUACCUCCCUUGGAAGCAGUGUUCAUUCCUGAAGAUUCUUCUCCUGGUUACACUAUAGUUUGUGUAUCAGCCAAUGAUGUGGAUCUGAUGCCAAAUGUUUCAUACAGUUUUACUAAAGAUGGAAACCCUGGGGAGAAAUUUGCAAUUGACAAAUACUCUGGAGUUCUAACUCUCAUUGGCUUCUUGGAUUAUGAGGAGACAUCUCAACAUCACCUGUGGAUUCAGGCCUCUGAUUCCUUACACCUGACUGAAGCAGAGCUCAGUAUUGUGGUUUUAGACAUAAAUGAUAAUCCACCUUUAUUUACUAAAGAAUCAUAUAAGGUAACAGUACCUGAGCUGACUGCAUCUGAUACAUUUAUCAUUAGCAUAUCUGCUACAGACAGAGACUCUGGGAAGUACGGACCUGUUUCUUACAGAAUUAUUUCACCAAUUAAAGGAUUUAUAAUUAAUCCAACCACUGGUUCAGUGCAUACUGAAGUGCCAGUGGGAACGAAGGAGAAGAGUACAGUGAUUCCCAUUUUGAUAGAAGCCAAGGAUAACGGCAUUCCAGCUUUGUCCUCUUCUACCAUUCUUGAGCUAGAGAUUCAUGAUGUGAAUAAUCAUGCACCCACAUUUUCAGAGGAUAUAUACCGGAUCAGCAUAAGCGAAGAUACUGCAGUUGGGGAGACCAUUCUAAUCUUCACAGCUACAGAUAUGGAUUGGACACGUGAAAAUGCAUUUAUUGACUUUUCUAUUGUCAGUGGAAAUUCACACAAUCUGUUCAGUGUACAAAGCAUUGGAAUUCUUUCUCAGCCUCCUUUUAUAGUAAUUGGAAAACUAGUUCUAAAUGGCAUUUUGGACUAUGAGACAAACACCACCCACAUCUUACGUUUAGCAGGCUCUGACCGAGGGUCCCCUCCUUUAAAUUCCAGUGCCACUGUUUGGAUAUCUGUUCUUGAUUGCAAUGACAAUCCACCAAUAUUUGAAAACACGGAAUACCAUGUUAGCGUGAGAGAACAUCAUCCGAUAAAUAGUGAAGUUAUCAAUGUAUUAGCCACUGACUGUGACAGUGGAGAGAAUGCGGAUAUUAUGUACAGUAUCGUUUCAGGGAAUCCCGAAGGCAUUUUCACAAUUGAUUCACAAAAUGGCACUGUCAUGUUAGCACAGCCUCUGAAUUAUGAAAAUGUUAUUACACAUACAUUAAUUUUAAAGGCUACUGAUGGUCUGGGAAGUAAAAAACAUGAGUCAUUUUCAAAACUCUUCAUCACUGUCCUGGAUGAAAAUGACUUUGCACCAAUGUUCCUCUUUAACAGUCUUAGUUGCAGUCUCCAUGAGAAUGUGCCUCCCUUCUCACCAGUAUGCACAGCUAGUGCCAUUGACUUAGAUUCAGGGCUGUUUGGUGUCUUGAGUUACUCAAUUCAAUCUGUGUGCCUAAAUGAGCCCAAACAUCAAGAUCGAUUCUUUAUAGAUUCGUUGACUGGGGAUAUUUAUACCAAGCACAAAAUCGAUUAUGAGACACAAAAAAGAUAUUGCCUUGUCGUUCAGGUGAAAGACAGAAGUGAAUCCACAGCCUGUGUUCUAGUGUAUGUGGACAUUAAAGGGCAGGAUGAGUUUUCACCUGUAUUUCAUGAGUCUCAAUAUCUUUUUGAUUUGCCACAAGAAAACAAACCUGGACAAACUGUUGGCACAGUGGUAGCUUCAGACAAUGAUGAAGGCCUUGACGGAGUCAUCCAUUAUUUAUUUGAAAAGCCCUCACCGUUCUUUUCUAUCAAUACAACAAGUGGGAUUAUACGCUUAAUUCGAAGUGUUUAUAAGAUACGAAGUGGCACUAAUAAAAAUUCUGACAUUAUUGAGUUAGUGGUAAAAGCUCAAAGCCCAAGGUUAGACUCAAGGUCAUCAACCUGUACUGUUCAAGUUAACAUUUCAACAGCAUUAGAAGGUUAUUAUGGAAUGUCAGCAAACAUACUUUCCAUCAGUUUCAGCAUUUGCUUUGUGGUUUUCUUACUACUGGCCAUAAGCCUUAUUGGAAUUAUUUUAAGAUUUAAACGAAAAGAUGUUGUAAAUACUUGUGGGAUAAAAGAGGCUGCCAUUCCUGCACUUCCCAAUUCAAAUGUUAAAAACUGCAUGUCUGAUGAAUGUCCAAAAUAUGAAAAUAUCAAGAGCAGUUUAGCUCCAGAUACAUCAGAGUGGCUGGGCUUAGUUGGCAUUAGAGAAAAGAAAGACACUGGGAACAAAUGCAGGAAUUCAGACUCGAGUGGCCACGGCUCGACAGAAGGGGAAACUGCUGAAGAUGAAGAAAUAAAGAUGAUCAAUGAAUACCCUAUUAGAAAAGAAUCUGGCUCUGUUCUGAGUGAAAGAGCCUCAAGAGUUCCAGACUCUGGAAUUCCAAGAGACUCUGAUCUGCUCUCAUGUGAAUCAGAUGAAACAGAUGUGGUGAUCGGGUCAGAAAGCACAGAGAGUGUAGUGAUCCUCAAGGAGGAAAAUGGAGAAGGAGAGCAUCAUGCGUAUUAUAACUGCAAAAAGGAAGCACCACCAAUACAGCAAAACAAUCCAAAGGACAAAAACACACUGCCUGACAGCAGUCAGGACUACAUCUAUGUUCCCAUGACAUACCAAUCCAGAUAUGGGUCUUUGGCAUCUUUAGUAGCCUCUGACGAGGACUUGAGAGGAAGUUAUAAUUGGGAUUACCUGCUUAGUUGGGAGCCCAGGUUUCAGACUCUUUCCUCUGUUUUCUGUGAUAUUGGAAGACUUAAAGAUGAAAAGAUGCACAGGCAUGUUCCUAAGAAGAAGCCAUUUGUUUUCCCUCCCCCACUAAUCACAUCUGUGGCACAGCCCGGGAUUAGGGCCGUUCCACCUCGAAUGCCAACUAUAAUGUCAAGACAAACAUUUGUAAAAUAUCCCCGCUCCCCUUUUUUCUCUAAUCUGGCAUGUCAGCCCUCAACUAUGACCCCAACAUUUUCACCUUCUCUGUCUAUGCUCACGGUCCACACUCCUUCAACCUCACCUGUGCGUUCAGACACAGGAGUUAAUGGAUCAUCAGUGCCUGCUCUGUCUGAAGAACUGCUAGUACAACAAGAGUUUCAGGUAUGAAACAUGAGAUAGUUCCAACUACAAGCAUUUGUGUGGACCAAAUAAGGCAUGUCUAACCUAAUAAAGACUCUUCAUUGUGUUUCGGUUGUAACAUAUCUGCUACCUACAUUGGUACACAGUACAUUUAAGCCAAUCAAAAACACUGAACUCGGUGACUGCUCUGCUUUUGUGUUUGGUUGCAAGAAGACAUUUUGUUUUGUAGUUACAAAUUACUUUUUAGUACUGAUGAUUCCCUAAAUAUCAAGCUCUUACCAUGCAUGGACAUGUUGUGCAAUCAGUAAGUUCAAUUACAGGCCAGUACUUACCAGCAUAUAGUUAUAUACUGAUACUAGAAUGUAACAAUAUUUUAUUUAUGAACUCCCUUACAGUAUUGUGUACAUAGUGUAGAUGAUACAUAAUUUCAUCCAUAAGUAUAACUGACAUUAUCAAGUAAUUCUGCAUUAAUUAUAAAUCUCUUUAACUAAAUCAAUAACUCAGAGAAUGGUCAUUAGACAUGGGGUAGAUAGAUUUACUAAAGCUUCUACAACAGACAAGUGGAGGUGUUGCUCAUAGUAAGCAAUCAGAUUCUGUCAUUUUCUAGAAUGCAAUAGAGAAAUGAUAGCUAGAAUGUGAUUGGUUGCAAUGGGUAACACCACCACUUUUCAUUGUUAAAAGCUUUAGUAAAUCUACCCCAUAGACAGCAUUGUUACUGGGUGGUUUGUAAUAAGAAAUGUCACACUCCACAGCACUAGCCAUUGGCUUAUCUAUAAUGGGUGCAGGAUGUGUGGUGCACACAGGCCCCUGGGUCCAGGGGGCCUACACUGCACACCCUGUACCCACAUAAUUAUAUUACCCCUCCCGAAGUCCUGCAGCAGCUGAAACUGCAGACAUAAAACACUGGGAAAAUGGUGUGGCGGACAUUUUCAUGGUGAUUUGUGCAUGUGCAGUAGAUAUGUCCCUGGGAACAAGGUGCGGGCACCAUGUUCCAGGAAACCUGUGCAUGCGCAGUAGACUCUGGCACAAAGCCAGAGUCUACAGUGUUGUGAUUGCUGCCAGAGAGGAGGGGGCCCGUACAGAGCCUGCACAUAGGCUCUCUCCUUUCUUUAGCCAUCCCUGGCACUAAUGUGAUAUCUUUAUACUCAAGCCUGAUUUGUGGUAAGGUCUCAUAGGGGCCUACAGUACCAGAUUUGCAGCGAUAGCUACUGUUUCAUCAUCUGGUCUUAUUCUUUUUUUACCUAAGUAGGCCUAGCAGCUUGUAUAUAAAAAGCUUAAUUACUAAUACAAUAAAUUAAUUUUUUAGAAACAGGAAAAUGAAACUUGAUGACCCUGUGAAUCUACGUUGGGUAGGAAGCUGGAAGUUUGGCAAUGAAUAACAGUAAAAGGGGGCAAACAAUGUAAAUCUGGCCCAGGUUAAAUGCAGCUGGGAAUGGUGCUCACCCUGUGGAAAUGGGUCUUAUGCUGAUGGAGAAGUUCUUACACCAUUACACCAGGAAAUUCUAAUAUUUUUUUUAUUGUGCACAACAUGCAAAUGAUUUAUUACAUGUAUUACGCAUACCAUGUGGCAUGGUUGGAAGAGAUACAUAAUAACUGUGAAAAAAUCGGAGUAUCUCUGCCGUUUUCUUAAAUAUUAGUUGGGUUGUUUUUUUCCCCUGAAUCCCCUCCCUUCCCAAUAAUAGUAGUAAAAACAAUAAUGGGUCCCUCCCAGAGGAAGAACUCUGGGAGGCAACGGAGUCAUCUGCCGCCGGGCUCCUGCUCUGAAGGGGGGCACCUCUCCUCCCAUUCUGUGACACCAUUGAAUUAAGUUAAUUGACAGCUGUUGCUGUCUUUUCAGUGGCCGACUUCCUCACUGGUCCCUGCACUUUACAAAUCACACCCUCUUUAUUAUACGGAAUAUACUCAUUUUACAAGUGUCAUACCCAGGAUUAGAA